GUGUGUGAGCAGGAAGGGGGAGGUAACAAACGGCCACUGAAGGCUGGUUGGAUUGCAUGAGUCUGUGGGGGGAUGGGAGUAAAAGUGGAAUCUGCGCAAUAGAAGAUUAUAGUCUGGCACAAUUAAGCCUCUUCGUCAUGAAGGAGAAGCAGAGGAAGAAGAAAGGACGAACCUGGGCGGAGGCGGCACGAACGGAGAAAGUGCCAGGGAGAGUGCGUAGGGAUGGAGGAAUGAAUUGCGGAACAUCGAUCCCUUGUGAAAGUGGGGAGGGGAAGAAAAGAUGCAUGUGGUCCUGAGAUCAUGUAGAUGGUGGAAAUAGUGGAAGUUAACCUGGUGGAAUAUGGAGCCUGAGGAGAUAGAAGGUUAGGUGGUGAGUUUGGAGCAGGAGGUGAGCAUUGAGAACAUUGAAAAGUACAAAGAGGGUGCUGGAGAAGUAUCCAAACACACCAAUGAGCCACAAGGAGAUCCUACAAGUCAUCCAACGAGAGGGACUCAAGGAGAUCAGUGGCACCUCUCCAUUGGCCUGCCUGAAUGCAAUGCUUCACACAAAUUCUAGAGGAGAAGAAGGUAUUUUCUACAAGGUACCUGGUCGUAUGGGAGUUUAUACACUUAAGAAGGAUGUCCCAGAUGGAAUGAAGGAUCUAUCCGAGAUGUGGGAUGACAGCAGCGACAGCCAAUCAGACUCGCAGAGCACAGAGAGCAACGAGAGAAAGGAAAGGAAGAAAAUGUCAUCCAGGUUGUCAUCACAACCAGUCUCACCUCAAUCAAGCUGUCCCUCACCCUCCAUUCCACAGAAUAAGGUUAUGUCUCCAUCCCAGAAGCACAGCAAGAAGGCCCUCAAACAGGCCUUGAAACAGCAGCAACAGAGAAAGCAGUGUCGGACGGGUUUGCCAGUGUCUUCAAACCCCAGACUGUUACUGAAGUCGGUAAAGGCCUCUGCAGAUCAGACAGCCUGCAAAACUGGCUGGGAAGCGAAACAAUCAGAUGGACGUUCAGCAAGUCCUCAGAAUUCAACCUCCAGCACAUCCUCCUCUUCAGGUAAAAUGGAGCCCAUCCUGCCAGCACUGACCAGGAAACCCUCCCAGAGGUCUGAGCGACUCAAUGCAAGGCAGCUGAAAAGGUCAAAAGCCACUGAUAUUGAUGUAGAGACACCAGACUCCAUACUUGUGAACACAAACUUGCGGGCUCUUAUAAACAAGCACACAUUCUCGGUUUUGCCUGGAGACUGCCAGCAACGAUUGCUCCUGCUGCUUCCAGAGGUGGACAGACAGGUGGGUACAGAUGGUUUGAUGCGUUUGAGUACUUCUGCACUGAAUAAUGAAUUCUUUACUUCUGCGGCCCAGGGCUGGAAGGAACGCUUAUCAGAGGGGGAAUUUACUCCAGAGAUGCAGCUGAGGAUACGACAGGAGAUUGAAAAGGAAAAGAAAGUGGAACAGUGGAAGGAGCAUUUUUUUGAGAAUUACUAUGGUCAAAUUUCUGGCAUAAGCCUGGAAGACUCCCAAAAGCUGACUACAUCUCGUGUCAGUGUCCAGGACAGUAAAUGUCAUCCACCCAAGCAGAGCCUUAUCCAACCAGCUGCACAAGAAACUGCCAUCAAGGCAGAAACGCUCUUUGAGCCAAAAGAAGAAAGUACAAACAAAGCUGUGGCACAAGCAGCAGAAAUAAUAAAAGUGGUAGAAAAGGAUGAGAGAUCAGAGAAGGCAGUGGAGCUUGUCAGCAAAUCACCUGCAGAUCUGAAACCCCCUAAAGCAGAGAGAUCCUCGGAGACGGUUAACCUGUCAGAGAAACAGGUCGAAGACUUUGACCCUCAUACUUCAGUGCUGACGCCAGAUAAGGAGACUGCAAAAGUAGGCCACAUUGCCUCCCCAGAGUGUGAGGCCAAACCAAUGGUUUCUAAGCCAGAAUUAGAUCUAAAUGAGUCCAAACCACAGCUGAAGGAAGAGAGCGCUGAAAUAUUAGAGAGUAAAAGACCCGAGGCUGCAGCAUUGGUGGAGAACAAUACAUCUGAACCUUGCAAACAAGAACCACCGACAAAGGCAAGUUCUACAGAAAAAAUGGAAGUUACUGCAGAGGGUCUCAAGAGGAAGUGCAACAAUGAAGGAGAGGGUCUGCUCACUGCUGAGAAAAAACCCCGGGUCAUGGACCAGCAGUCAUUUCGGACCCCACCAAAGCACUUUCCCGAAAACAAAAUUCCAACACCAGAACCCAAAGUCCCACCUCUCAAGAUUCCAUUCUCAAGGAUCCGAUCCAUGCCUAUCCCGAGUGGUCAGGUCUCUCCAAGGGCCACUUUCUCACCGCUCGUCAUUAGUCCAGGGAGAACUGGAGCCAGGACUCUCGCAGACAUCAAAGCAAAAGCCCAGCUUGCCAAAGCUCAGCGUGCAGCAGCCGCCGCAGCUGCAGGUGGAGCUGUGCCAGGCCCCGGUCCGGGAGGAGGGGGUGAAAUCAGACGAUCGGGCAGUGCAGUGGAAAUGGACAGAACUGGAGGCAGGAGAGGUAUUGGAGGGUCCUUGUCUGAUUGUCCAGGACAACGGUCCAAACCAUUGGAAGAGGCCACGAUCAAGCCAGCAGCCAAUCUGGAUUCAAGAACACAAUUACAGCAAGCCCCCUUGGCGCAAUCUGUGUCUGCAGCCCACACUGCAGGCCCCAACAGAUGCACAGCUUCAGUUACAGCAGGCACAACAUCAGCAUUGACAUUACCAAGUGCGCACAUAGCACCCUCUGUGACUGUACUCGUUUCCACAAAGUCAAGUCCAAUAAUAACAAACAUUACUGCAACAAAGGCCUCUCCUGCUACAUUGCAGACACAAACUGUGAAGCAGAUUUGUAAUCCUACCUUGCAAGAGGCUUUGAAACCUGUAUCUGUCCUCAGAAACUCCGAGUCUGCAAAUGCAGUAACUCAAAGCUCAGGAAAUGUUAGCAUGCAUGGUAAGCAAGGUCAAGUGACGAAUCAACAGCCCUCCACAGACUCUAAUGUUAGGAUAUCAAAUGUGGGGAGAAAGCUGUCCUUUGAUCCCCAGCUGGCCUCCAUGUCCACUAAUAAACAAAGCAACUUUCCAGUUCCAUCUUCAACCAGUCGGGUGGCCGCAACAGCUGGUUCUGUUUCUGUAGCAUCUGGAAGCACAGCUGGAACUCUAAAAGUGGCCUCCCCACUUCCCUCAGCAAAUUCAAAUCCAGAAACUCCUUCAGUAACUUCUGCUGUAUCUGCACAGUCGCUUUGCACUUCGCAAGAUGUACCCAGCCUUAAACCACAAGGAUCUGUUUGUGGAAUCUUACAAAAAUUGGGUUCCUCCAUCCCUGCUAACAAUCCACUGGUUGCACAAUUACUUCGAGGGAAAGAAGUACCACUGGAACAAUUCCUGCCUAAGCCUGUGACCAAAGUAGAGCUCAAACCUGUUAAUCAGAUUUCUAAAACCCUGCCAGAUGAUGUGGCGAAGAUACCAGUUGAUGACGAGGCACUGGUAUCGGUGACAGUCAGAAAUGCCAACGCUGCAAAGCAGAAGUCUUAUGAGGUAACUACUGACCUUAUUGGAAGAAGACAAUCUCAGACAAUGUCAGGGCAAGUUGUUGUAUCUACUGCUCAACAUAAACAGGAACAGCUUGAACAGACCUCAAAGCACAGUUGUAUCAAUGAAGAGCAGAGAAGCACAAAUACAGAUCAAGAACGGGCUGAACCAGAAAUGCCAACUAGGACCACUCAGGAGAGUGUGCAGCAGGAUAUAAUGAGCAAUGCCCAGAGUCAAAUCUUGGGUCCUGUUUCUGAGUCUUUACAGCACGGAGUCAAUAGCUCAGGAUUUUCCUCUGGAGGAGUUUCCGUUGGUCAAAGGUCCAGGUUUGGUUUGAUGGGGACAAAGUCUGCCCUGAAGCCAGCUGUGUCUGGUCAUUACCUGCUCAACAUAGCUACCUAUGGAAGAGGUUCAGAGAGCUGGAAACGUGCCUAUGUUCAAGACAUUGAAACUCGGGUUCGUAUGAAUGGUUUGGCACACACGACUGAGAAGGAAAUCAAGGAGGGCAACACAAAAACAGCUGAUAGCAGCAUUCAACUCACAUCGGAACCGAACAACAGGUCAAAGUCCUGUCGUCCUGAAGUUAUAUUAAUCAAAACCGAACCGGUCUCGCAAGAGUUUCCCCAGAUGGGUGACGAUACUGCCUGUACUCGCAUGGACAAUUUGUCCAGUGGAUAUUUGAAAGUAGAACCUCCAAUGCAUGAUUACAGACACACUGAAAAGGAGAACACUCCUUUAUUGUCUGCGGCACAAGUGGCAGGUAUUACUGUGGCAAAGGAGUUCAACCAGGGACUGCAGUCUAACUUUGCUCAUACAGGUGGCAAAUUAAAUCAAAAUUAUCCAGACUCUCACAGGUUACCCAACCUGUCUGUAGGUUUUCAACAACCCUCCCAGCCAUUGCACCAACAAAAGUUCCCCCCUUAUGGAAACCGAGCAAGUUCCCAAUUUGCAUUUAAGCCCGUUCAUGGCAGCAGCAUCAGUGUUCCUUCUGCACCACAGAUGAACCAUUGCUCUGCUGUCACAGAAAUGUCUGUGUACAGCCAAGUCUCAAACAGCUCUGGAAAUAUGGUAUCCUUCUCUGUGACUGUUACGACACUUCCUGCUGGUCAGUCCAUAAAUACAGGCAGCCAUGGCAAUUCUGUCCAAAUGUUUCCUGAAGGUGGCAACCUGGAGGACACUCCUUCCAAGUGCUAUUGUAGGCUUAAAGCCAUGAUCAUAUGCAAAGGAUGUGGGGCAUUUUGUCAUGAUGACUGCAUUGGACCAUCUAAAUUAUGUGUUUCUUGCCUGGUGGUACGAUAAGUGAAGAUGGUUUCCCUUGUAAAACGCGUAUCAGGAAAAUGUACAGACUUUAUGAAUAAUGGCACCUUGUUCUAGACUUCAGUGACUGGUAUGUGUUUAUAAGAGACAGAGGUUGCACUAAAAGAUCAUGUUCGUGUUUGUUUUGUUUUCAAACAAAAUGUCACAAGCAAACAGGGUAAAUUGUAAAAUCUUGUUUGGUAACAGAAUUGUACUGCUAUACCUGUUUAAUAUGAACAGGGCCCCCAGGUAUUUUAGUUUGUUUUUAUUUGUGACCUUCUCAUUAAUAACAAAACAAAAUUGAAGUUAACAAAAAUAUUAGAAGCCUUUCUGGAACGUAAAGGAAGGAGUCUUGAAGAUUAUUUCUAACUGAAGCCUAUUUAAGCUGCAAUAUUCCUUGUUCUGAGUUUAUUAAACAGCCCAUACUCUAGUCCAGGGAUGACUAUUUUACACGUGCGUAAUGUGCCCAUGGGCCGCAAGUUGGCCAUCUCUGCUCUAGUCAGUGAAAACACAAGUGCAGUAUUUUCUCUUGAUUUAUUUCCUAGUGCCAUUUAACACAGCCAACAAGAGCCACAUUUAUUGAGAUGUGAAAAGCAGCAAUUUCUUCCCCUGAAGCUGCUAAUACAGGAUGUGCUAAUGGAUUGGCCAAUUAACUUCCAACUUCACACACCAGUAGCUAGUAGCAUUGUGACCAAUUAUUACUUAUUGUAGAAUAAGUUGGCUUGAUUUGGUAUCUGUAAAGCAAGUAGUUAAAGGAAUUAGUGAUACUGCAGCUUUAAAAUGAGAUGCAGUUCGAUCACAGGUCUGUACUUUGUUGGUAUCAACCAUGGAGCAGGUGAUGACAUGAGCACUUUGCAAUGCAAACUUUACCAUAUUGGAUGGAAAUGCAAAGAAACUCCAUUGGACAGUUUCAAGAUCAGCGGAAUUGUUUAAUGAAACUCCAAAGAAGUGCAGCUUUGCCAAUGGUUAAUACUGAACUACAGUUAAGAAUGUCACAGUAUCAACCUUUUAAAGCUCAUGAUUAUCACACUAUGUUUUCUUUUCAUGAUCAUUCUAAACUAAGGUCAUUGUAUAGUUCAAUGCAAGGAAGAAUAAGAAGACUGCAAUAAGAUUUUGACCUCCUCCAUUUCUGGGAUCAACAAUAGGACUUACGGUGUUGAAAAAUAUCCUGAUUGUUAGUUGUAACAAUAUUUUAGUUUCAAGAAGGUUAAUGAAGGUAUCCAAAAGUGUCACUUGUCAAAACAAAACAGUCACUCCUUCAUAACACUACUGAUCCUAUUCCUAGGAAAGUGUGGCAAACAAACCUUAGCCUGUGAAACUGCAGACUGCUAUUUUCGGAUAGCCACAUUUAGUUAUCACCACUUGUUUUUUGCAAGAUCUGGUUCUUAAAUUGAUUCCAAGUAGCAGUUCUUCACUCAAAAUUCUCUCUAGUGAACACACUCUAGUGUUCUCUAACCCAUACCGCCAGUCAGGCCCACCCUGGAAUACUUUGUUUUCAGGUAGACAAAUACAGUAGGACAAGAAAGCAUUAAUUCAGGGUUAUUGAGGACAGUUUUAAGAUAUUCACCAAGAAGUGUUUCUUCACACAAUCUAACAGGUUACAAGAGAAAGAGGUCGGUUGCUAGUACACUGGACUCAUUUAAGAAACCACCUGGUGAUGUAAUGGGAAAGGUGAGGAAAGGUUGAGAUUUUAACAAAAGGCCAAAGUGCCUUCUUCAGCCUCUCCUCCCUAGUUAUCUUGUGAAUUACUUGCAUAAAAUAUUUGUAGUGCUUUUGGAUUGGGGUGGGAGGUGUGAUCUUGAGACUGAGAUCCUGUGCUAGAAAGGUUGAAAAGUUUGGAGAUCACUGCAGUCAGUGAUUUGCUUAAGGGGCCAAUAAACAUAAAUAUUUGAUCAUGGUAGAGUAUUUCUUUCUUCUUUCCCUUUAAUACAAUGGGAACAGAUCUUGAACUGGGUACCAUGGGCUGUAUGUUAUUUCAUCUCUCAGAAAAAGAGUAACAACAACUUGCACAUGUAUAGCGCCUUUCAUGUGAAUGAGCGUCUCAAAGAGUACAACAUAAUCACCAGAUAAUACAUGAUACGUAAUAGUUUUACCAAGCAUUUUUGUUGUGUUUUGGUUUAAAAAGGGUUGUAAAAAUAGCAUGAAUCUUCUCACCGCUUAUUGUUGUCUUUUAAGACAUUUUUAAUAUUUUGCCUUUAUGUUGCAAUUUUGAGGGACUCUUGAGUUAAUAAAGGAGGAUUAUGUAAAAAUAUAUUAGGUCUAUAUAUAGUUUUAAAAAUGAACAGUAAUAUUUUUUUCACAAAUAUCAAUAUAGAAAUCACUAUUUUUAAAAAAUAAAGAACUUUUGAAGAAUUUAAACAAUGAAAACAAUGUUUCUUUUACUUUACAUUGGUUGUGCAUCAUGUUUUUUUGUUAAAAGGAAUUUAUGUGGCGUAAUAUAUUUAAAAUUAAUUCCCCCCAUCGUGAUGCAAAUAAAUUUAUCCACUGACAUGUUGCAAAAUGCAUGGUCAGUAACAUUGAGAAUACACUCAAAUGUAUCAGUAAAUGGUGUAUGUUGCCAUAUAAGCAUUUGGAAUAAUUGAUACAUGAAGCCACUUGUAAAGAACAUAGAUUCUUUAUUUCUGGUAAAUGUCUUUCUUGUUACAGAUUAUAUUUUUCUUGUUUAAAAAAAUUAAAUGUCUGUUCUUAUAAUGGAGAUUGUAAAUUAGUAAUAUAGCUCCUGUAUGAAAUGUAUUUUAUCAUCAGAUCAACAGCAAAUAAAGUAAGCUGUUAUAUCA